CUUGUGAGUUCUUCAGAUCUCAAGGGUUUUGCUAAACCUUGCAGCAGAGGCCAUCACUGACAGGACGACUUCCGAAUCAUCUGCGGGUGCCGUGGAUGCUCGCGGCCAGAGGUUGUUGACAAUGUCGCUACGGGGCAGGAUGUAUGUCUGAAUGAGUGAGCGGUGGUGCGAUGAUCGGAUGGAUUUGUAGGGGUCGCUGGAGAGUGGUCUCGUCAGCUUAGGUCGCGCUGACCGGAUCGCUGGCAGUGCGAUUUCAGUACUUUCUCGGAAGUACUGUCGAUUGGGAGCACGAGAACUGAGGUGCCUGAAUUUCUGUAGCUGGAGGAUUAUCGAGGUUAGAUACAUGGCUUGGAGGGCGUUGACAUAAUUAUUGUCGCUCUUAGGGCCAAAGAUCUGCGGGGAAGGUGUGAGACGUCGACGAUAGAGAUUUGGAAUUAGAAUUACAGGGUACGAAUCGAAUCAUGGCGGCGACGCUUUCUUACCCACCGGAUCUUGUGGCAUUGCCAAUUCUUGCUGCUGCAGCUGUCGGGGGAUUUCAAAUUUCUGCGCAGCCAUCGCUUCCCCCUUCUUCACUCCCCGUUCUUGCCCUGCCUUCCGGAGAGGAGCUCCGAGGCGCGAACACUGCUCUCAGGUAUAUUGGGCGAGUGAGCAAGCUCACUGGAUUCUAUGGCGUCGAUUCCCUCACCACUGCACAGGUCGAUGAAUGGAUUGACUACUCCCCGAUCUUCUCCGUUGGAGCCGAGUUUGAGAAAGCAUGCGCUUACACGAAUAGCUUCUUGGAACUCCGCACCUUUCUCGUUGGCUACGAUGUCAGCAUCGCCGAUGUGGUCAUUUGGGCAGCCCUUGCAGGCGCUGGACGAAGAUGGGAUAGCAUGCGAUCUGGUACAAAGUAUCCACACUUGGCAAGAUGGUAUACUUCCAUAGCGAACGAGUACCCAUCUCUUAAGAAUCUGACUGGAGCUCCCAAGAAGUUCGGCGCUCCAGCACCUAGCGCGAAGGCAGCUGCUUCUAAAAAGGACAAAUCAGCAAGUAGCUCAGAGGUUAGUGUCUCAUCGGAGGGCUCCUUUGAUGUUGAGUUGCCUGAUGCGGAAAUGGGCAAGGUUUGCACACGGUUUCCCCCGGAGCCGAGCGGUUACUUGCACAUCGGACAUGCCAAGGCUGCUCUUUUGAACCAGCAUUUUGCUCAGAAGUACAAGGGUCGAUUAAUUAUUCGGUUUGAUGAUACAAACCCCUCUAAGGAGAAGGACGAGUUUGUGGAGACGAUUCUCCAGGAUCUGGAUACGUUAGGGGUGAAGGGGGACGCUUUGACGUACACAUCAGACUACUUCGAGCAAUUAAUGGAAAUGGCAGAGAGGUUGAUAAAAGAAGGCAAAGCUUAUGUGGAUGAUACCCCACGAGAGCAAAUGCAGAAGGAAAGAAUGGAUGGCAUUGAGUCCAAGUGCAGAAAUGUUUCUGUGGAGGAGAAUCUCGCACUUUGGAAGGAGAUGAUUGCGGGAAGUGAGAAAGGGCGUCUUUACUGUGUCCGAGGCAAGCUAGAUAUGCAGGCUUUAAACAAGACUCUUCGGGACCCCGUCUAUUACAGAUGCAACCCAACUCCCCAUCAUCGCGUUGGGACGAAGUACAAAGUGUACCCUACGUACGAUUUUGCCUGCCCUUACGUUGACAGUGUGGAGGGUGUAACUCAUGCCCUUCGUUCCAGCGAGUAUCAUGACAGAAAUGACCAGUACUACAGAAUUUUGGAAGAAAUGGGUUUGAAGAAAGUUCACGUUUGGGAUUUCAGUAGAUUGAACUUUGUUUACACUCUCCUCAGUAAACGUAAGUUACAGUGGUUCGUCGACAAUGGGUGGGUUGAGGGUUGGGAUGAUCCUCGCUUCCCCACAGUGCGUGGUAUUCAAAGGAGAGGGUUGACCGUGGAGGCUCUGAAGCAAUUUAUUCUAUCCCAGGGAGCAUCUAAGAAUUUGAAUCUUAUGGAAUGGGACAAAUUGUGGACGAUCAACAAGAAGAUUAUCGACCCUGUGUGCCCUCGCCAUACAGCAGUCCUCUCAGAGGGGAAAGUUCUUCUGGAUUUGACAAAUGGCCCCGAGCCUUCAUUUGUACGAGUUCUCGACAGGCAUAAAAAGUACCCUGCUGCUGGAAAGAAAGCUACAACGUUCACGAAAAGAGUGUGGCUGGAUCAAGUCGAUGCUGCGUGUAUUUCAAACGGGGAGGAAGUUACUUUAAUGGAUUGGGGCAAUGCCAUCGUGCAGAAUGUGGAAAAGGACGAAGAUGGCAAAGUUUUAGGCAUGAGUGGAGUUCUUCAUCUGGAGGGUUCCGUCAAAACCACGAAACUGAAGCUUACAUGGUUGCCGGAGAUUACUGAGCUCGUUCCUUUAUCUCUUGUUGAGUUGGACUACAUGAUCACCAAGAAAAAGCUGGAAGAAGGCGAGGACUUCUUGUCAGUAUUAAACCCCAAAACGAGAUGGGAGAUCGAGGCUAUUGGAGAUGCGAACAUGAGAAAUUUGAAGAAGGGGGAGAUUAUUCAACUAGAGAGGAAGGGCUAUUUUAUCUGUGAUGUGCCUUAUUUCCGCUCCUCCAAACCCAUUGUUCUCAUUGCUGUCCCCGAUGGAAGACAAAAAGCAUCUCCCGGAGACGCAGCACUUAAUGGGCUUCUGUGCACACAUGUUGAAGAGGAGCCUGAAGCUAAGAAUGAGCCUGAAGCCUUGCAAAUAUUUCUACCGACACGUUGGAAACCAAAAUCGAGGGGGCCUGGGAACCUGUCUCAAAGAUGACAUUAACGUCUUCUUCAAUCCGCCCAGGUUGGUACUGAGAAGUUCCAAGUUACACAUUCAGAAGGGGCUAACCGGGAGCCAACAUGCUUUCUGGGCAAAUGGAAUGUGGAUCUGUCUGCAGAGAAGUUUUAUCUCUACACGCAGAUGCAGUUGAACAGUUAAGCAAUUUAACCUGUGGCCACUGGACGCCAACUAAGUACUUUCUGAAUCCCGAGUUCAAGGAGACCUUGUCAGCUUUUGCGGGCCUCAGAUCUCGUUGUCGAUGACAGGUGAACAGUAUUAACACUGAAGUGAGAAACAAGCUGCCCAUCUGUUCCAUGAACUGGUUUCACGACACACGAAGAGAAUUUGACAGCUGUAAAUGGAGAAACUACAGCGACUCAGUAUCGUCAUCCUUGAACAGUCCGACUUCUGAAAGAGGUACGUCACCCAUUCAGGGGACGAGACUCAGAGGCCUACGAAUGAGUAACUGCAUCGAAGACUUGGAAACCAGCGAAUAUUCCUCCACUCUCGGACCUUUUCAUACAACAUGUUGUGACAGCCUACCAAUCGAAUGGAAAAUCGAAAUUGGUAUAUUGUUUUAACGAAUUCAUGUCAGCAGAGAAAAGGACUGAAAGAAUCAGUUGAAGAGAGCAUAAAUCAUGUGCAGACUUGUAUUCAUUGAGUUGGAAGAAAUUGCGUAGAAUCGUUAGGUUUGUCCACAUCACGCAGCAGCUAUUCUAAUAUUAGUCGUCCUCAUGCCAUCGAGCUCCAUUGCAUGUGUUAGUACUUCGUUUAUCGGUCAGUAAACCAUGCUCAAACGUCGGACAAUAUACUUGCCUUGCUAACGAUGAUUAUGUACCCUUAUCUCUUUAGGUGAAAACUUGGUUGUUUGGGGCGUUGACAUUGUGUUAAACUAACGCAUCCACAGAGUUAAACCUAUGAAUAGUGUCACCUCUUAUUAGUGACAUAGAAUUCAAGAACCAUUAGAUUUAACUUGUAAAUCUAU